AUGUCCAAAACUACGGUACUGUGCCACGAGGGCGAAUACAUCGGAGAUGUCGAGACGGGCUGUCUCCAUGUUGCCAGCAUCAUGGAACCAAUCGUCCACCACAUUCACGAGCCUGUCACCGGGACAUGGCAGUACAUCGUCUGCGAUCCUCAGUCGAAAGUCAGCGUCAUAAUCGACGCAGUACUGGACUAUAGCAAAGACAGUGGCAUGAUCCGCACUGCCUCCGCCGACCAGUUGCUUGAAGUCGUUACAUCCAACGACUACAUCGUCUCGCAUAUCCUCGAGACUCAUGCACACGCCGACCAUCUGACGGCCUCGAGGUAUCUGCAAGAGGUACUGGCAGCACGUCAGCCAGCACACCGCCCUCUCCUCUGCAUCGGCAAUGGGAUCAGCCAGGUUCAAGCUACGAUGGGAGGCAUCUACAAUAUCCAAGCCAGAGAGAUGCAGGACAGCUUCAACCAUACCUUCUCGGACGGCGAAGAGUUUUCAAUUGGUAACCUCAAGGCCACCAUCAUGCACCUGCCCGGCCAUACGCCAGACCACAUAGGCUACCUCAUCGGCUCGAACGUCUUCGCCGGGGACUCCAUCUUCAACGCCGACGUUGGAUCUGGCCGCUGUGACUUCCCCGGCGGCGAUGCCGUUGCGCUGUACCGGUCAACGCAGAAACUAUUGCAACUCCCGGGCCACUACAAAAUCUACACCGGCCACGACUACCCUCCAAAGGAUCGAUGCGGCCCUGAUGGUAAGGAGACGGGUGCUGUGCCAUACACGACCGUUGAGGUGCAGAGCCGAGAGAACAAGCAUGUCAAAACGGGGACGACGAUGGAGGAGUUUGUGCGAUGGCGGAGGGAGAGGGAUAGCACGCUGUUGGAGCCAAAACUGUUGCGUCAGGCGAUGCAUGUAAAUGUGCGAGGUGGUCGGCUGCCUGCAGGACCUGUUGAGGGCUUCUUGAUUGAGCAGAAGCCUGCGGGUGUUCGAACGGCUGCCGCAUGA